UAAAGUUACAACCACACAAAAGAUAAUGCAGUUCAGACAUCGGAAAAUAAAACAUCAAAUAAAACUAAAAUCUUAACCCCAGCAAAGGAGAAAGAGGUAUGCUCAAUCGACCAAACUUCAACCGUGAUAAAAUAAGCAAUUAAAGAGUGGAGGCCAAAGAGAAAACAAGGGAUGAGUCAUAAAUUGGAGAAAGAUGAUCCCCUUAGAAGAAUAAGAAAGCCAUCAAAAACUCACGGUGGGUCAACGAGGUGACGAUCAACAUCUGCAGCUCUGAGGGCUAUCUUCGGUAUGUCUUCUAUCCAAAAGCAGUCAUUGAUGCUUCUAAAUCCCGUCGAAGACUCUGCAUGUGCUGCUUGAUUUCUUUGUCGUCCAACGAACAAAAUUCAAGGUGGUUGGCCAAGAAUUUAGCAUCUCCGAUCAUCGACCCAAUCACCAAUGGUACACGCAAGAUGUUGAAUCCGUCGUUGCCGGUAGCUUCAAGAACCAGAAGCAGGACGGAAGCCCACGUCUUGGAGGAUCAUCGUGCAUUCAAGCGGAGGAAGGUGGUGGAGGAGGAGCGGAAGGACAAAACUAGUACAUCUUUCGCUUCUAAAAAAGUGACCAGUGAAGUCCAUUUUCUGUACCAAAAAUCUGGCGUUGAAAUACAGCAGCGUAAACAGGAUGCAAGAAGCGCUGCUGAUAUUUGCAGUCCUUAUAAUGACGAUGAUGAAGAAAAAUAUGAUUAUGAUGAUGAUUCGAUGGAGGGUUCUGAUGAGGAUCUAACCUCCACAAGCGGAGAAGACAAUGAUGAGUCGGAUGAUUUGGAUUAUUGCGGGAAGGAGGAGGAGAGAGGGAAGGAGGAGGAGAAGAAGAAGAAUAGUCGGUGUUCUUCUGUCUCGGACGACGACGACGACAUUGUUUGUUUAAAUGAUUUUACUUCUUCCUAUACCAAGCCGUCUAAGGGUAGAAAAGGGAAGGCGGCCUCCGAGAAACUUCACCUUCUUACCGUUUUGGCAGAUACUAUUUUGAACAAUGAAGAAACUGAGAACAACCUUUUGCCUCUCAAUUUCACUUCUGGGGUUGAGGACACAAUCACUUCUCAGGAUGUAGAAUUUGAAGACGGAUUAGUCUCACUGUGGACUGAGAUGCAGUUUUGCCUUGUUUCUAGCGAGAUUGGUUCAACUAAUCCUUCCCUGGUGGAAACUGAGGAUGCUACUAAUGUUUCUGAGGUUAAACGGGACAGAUCAUCCCUAUGUCGUCAAGGGGAUCAUGAGCUUGUGCUAGACGAAGAAAUUGGAAGGAAAUGCAAAUUUUGCUCUUUUUUGGAACUGGAAAUAAAGUACAUUACAUCACCUUUUAUGAAACGUCCAUGCGGAAAAUACGAGAGGCAACACUCUGGCAUUGUGAACUCCUCUGUGUUUGAUGGCCUUCAAGAUCUAGACCCUAGCAUUGACAUGCCUGGUGAUUCCUCUGCCAAUAUUGAAGGAACAGUAUGGGAAAUCGUUCCAAAUAGAGAAAGUAAACUCCACCCCCAUCAACGUGAAGGUUUUGAAUUUAUGUGGAGUAAUAUAGCAGGGGGGAUAUAUCGUGAUAAGUCUAAAAACUCAUGCAGUGGCGGUGGAGGAUGCAUCAUAUCUCAUGCUCCUGGGACAGGGAAAACUCUUCUGACUAUCGUCUUUCUUCAGACAUACUUAAAAGAGUAUCCAAGCUCAUGGCCAGUGAUUGUUGCUCCUUGUACUAUGUUGCUAACAUGGAGAGACGAGUUCAUUAAGUGGAAGGUUGAUAUUCCCUUUCACAAUCUGAACAGUGAGGAUUUUUCUGACAAGGAAGAAACAUAUGCAAUUCCUCUUUAUGAGAAACUAAAUAAUGGUACCCCGCAUGCAGAUAAACAUGCUAAGCGUGUGGUGAAACUGCUUUCCUGGAAAUCCAGUGGAGGCGUCUUGGGAAUUAGUUACAGCCUUUUCACUAAACUUGCUGGAAAAAGGAAAGGAGGGAAAGGAAAAUGUAAAAAUUUAGAUGAUCAAAUUAGUAAAAUCCUUCUUGAUCUUCCUAGGCUUUUUGUCUUUGAUGAAGGACAUAUACCGAGAAAUGCUGAUUCUCUUUUGUGGAAGUCUUUGUCAAGAAUUAAAACUGAACGUCGUAUAAUUUUGUCCGGAACUCCCUUCCAAAACAAUUUCAAAGAGCUCUUCAACACGCUCUGGUUAGUUAGACCAACAUUUGCUGAAGGAAUCCGGUAUACUAAUCGAUACAAGGUUAAUACAAGGCGUGGGCGCAAAGGAGACCAAGCAAAAUUGAAAUUUGCCUAUUGGAUUGGUUCUAUAGAAAACGAUGUUGAUAGAAAUGAAAAACUAAGGGAGGUUAGAGCUGUGAUUAAGCCUUUUGUUCAUGUGUAUAAAGGCACAAUUCUACAGACUGCACUUCCUGGUUUGAAGCAUUCUCUAGUUGUUUUAUGGCCCACUGAUCUGCAGAAGAAAAUCCUACAUCGUGUUGAAGAAAUCCUGCAUCGUGUUGAAGAAAUCCUUCAGCGUGCUAGAGAAAAGAACCCUUUCAAAAAGAGAAGAAUAAAAGAAAAACAAAAUCCACUUGAUUUGGAUCGAUAUGUGUCCUUGAUCUCCAUCCAUCCCUCUUUGUUGAAGCAGCUUUUGAUUCCGCUGUUAGAUGAGAAAGAUAGUAAUGAAGUUGUCAGCUCCAUUGUUAGCAUGAAGGAGUUAGAAAGGAUAAGACUGAAACCUGAUGAAGGAGUGAAAACAAAAUUCCUCAUGAAUCUGCUUAAGCUUAGUGAAGCCCUGGAGGAAAAGGUUAUAGUUUUCAGCCAAUACAUUGGACCUUUACGCUUAAUAAUGGACCAGCUUCAAGAUAAUUUAAAAUGGAAGGAAGGUGUGGAGAUACUGUUCAUGCACGGACAAUGUGACAUUAAGCAGCGUCAAUGCUCGAUUAAUGUUUUUAAUGAUCCAAAGAGCAAAGUAAGGGUGUUGCUUGCAUCAACAAAGGCUUGCUCUGAAGGUAUUAAUCUUGUUGGAGGUUCAAGGCUGGUAUUACUUGAUGUGACUUGGAACCCAUCCGUCGAACGACAGGCUAUAUCCCGUGCUUAUAGGCUUGGCCAGAAAAAGGUUGUAUACAUAUACCACCUUAUCUCCUCCUGGCCAAUGGAGGCAUCGAAAUAUUAUAGACAAGCUGGGAAGGAUCGGUUAUCUGAGUUAUUGUUCUCUUCAGAUAAAGGUGAUCAUCACAAACAAGUCUGUAAUAUUGUAGAGGAUAAAGUUUUGGAAGAAAUGUUCCGGCUUGAGACGGUUAAGUCAAUGUUUGAAAAGAUCAUAAACGAGCCCAAGGAUUCUGAAUUUGUUGCUUUUGAGGAUCAAUAACAGGUUCUGAAAAGGGGGAAAGAUUGAUGUCUACAAUAUGUUUAGUGGUGUUAUGGGAAGCUUCCACAAGGCUUGGGACUUGGAUUUAACUUGAGCCAAAUUGCCUCUAGAGCAAAACACAACA